AGGGUGUGGUACCCUCAAGGGUUUAUCAGCAGCCAUAAAGAGAAUAAAGAGUGGCUCCCAGAAACUAAAAAUUGAUUUUUCAUCAAGCCUGGGAGGCCCCAUAGGGCCUAACUAUCGUGCAUUUGUGGAUGAAGUAGUGCUGUUUACGAGAAAAAGGGCUCCGCUUAUUGGAGUGAAAGUUUGGAAAGACAUAGAUGAAAAUGUGAAAAAUUCUAUAGCACUCGAUGUAAUGAAUCGGUGGGAGGUUGAAAACACUGAGGAUGGUAAAGAAAAAAUAUGGGCUGUGGCCAAGGAGUGGUACAAAGGAUGGCGCUCAAUAUUCAGUGCGACUUACAAGGCAUACGACAGUUAUGAUGAAAGAAUGAAGAACAAGCCUGACGACUUGGACCUUGUUGAGUGGCAUUAUUUGAUCCUGUAUUUUGGAAGUGAAGCUUUCCAGAAGGUAAGCAAUAGGAACACUAACAACCAUGAGCAAAAAAGGACCAAUCAUUGCACAGGAUCCAAACCAUUCUCCAAACUUAGCGAUGAGCAGAGAGAUCCCGGAACAGGUGAAGAACCAACUGAUGUUGACCUUUGGAGGAUUACACACGUGAGGAAUGGAGUAUGGUUUGAUGAAGCUUCUCAGGCUAUCUAUGAGAAUGCAGUCGUCAAAAUUGCAGAAAAGUGUGAAGAAAAAGACACUAUUAUAUCAAAUUCAGAAGAAAAUAUUAUUUUCCAAGCAACCUACAAGGAAAGCACAGGAUGCAAAACAUCCACUGUUCAUGGUCAUGGGUACAUGUCUACACAUCCAACAGAGAGGGCAUCAAUGAAGGCUCAACUCGAAGAACAAGCCCGUGCUAUAGUUGCAGCCAACCAGAAAAAUCAAGAGCUACAAGAACAUAUUGAGAAGCUAAAUGACAAACUUGAAAACCAAGAAGCUGAGAGUGAAAGGAAAUUAGAAGAAAAGUUGCAAGAGUUCAAAGAGGAAGAGAGUAGGAAAAUCCAAGCACUUAGGGAUGAAUUCAUGGCAGCACUUCAAGAAAAUACAAAAACCACGUUAGCUCAGCCUGCACCAAAUAAUUCAAACAUCCAACAGGAAGCUACGCCACCUAUUGACAAAAAAGCUGCCACUACUCCAGAUUCUAAUGCAACUGAAGCUACAUCAGUUCAGCACAUGGCCUAA